AUGCCUCUCAACGAUGAGCAGAACGGUGACUGCGAUUCUUCCCGGUUCUCCGAAAGCACAGCUUCUUCUUCCAGCGACUCCGAAUAUUCAAGGCAGAGUUUCACCAGUGACUCUUCAAGCAAGCCCAGCUCUCCAGCUUGUAAGCUAGCAUGAGCUACUGGUGCAUAUGGCAGGAAAUUUGAGAACCACUACCUUGUGUGCAAAAUUGAUGUUCAUAUUUGGUUUCCCCACCCCGCCCGCCCCCCCAGUUUCAAGGGUUUCAUCUGCUGGCUUCACUGUACAAGAAAUAUCCAAGCUGUAGGCCAGAGUGGGGAAGCAGUGGCUGUCUGGGUGUUGCUAGCCUUUAUCUUCCAUGAAGUCCAUAUUCUUUGAUCUUUGUUAGAGGCAGUGGGAAAUCACAAGUGGGGAGAAUGCUAUUCCUCUCGGGAACUGCUUGCAGGUUUCCCAUAGACAGUUAGUUGGCUGUAAUAACAGGAUGCUGGACUAAAUGGGCCACUGGCCUGAUCCAGCAGGACUUUUCUUAGGUUCUUAACUCCCAUCAGGUCCAGCUAGUGUGGCCAAUGGUCAACAGGGAUGGAUGUUGUAGUCCUGCAACAUCUAAGAUAAAGGUAAAGGGUCCCCUGACCAUUAGGUCCAGUCGUGGCCGACUCUGGGGUUGGGGCGCUCAUCUCGCUUUAUUGGCCAAGGGAGCCGGCGUACAUGUGGCCAGCAUGACUAAGCUGCUUCUGGUGAACCAGAGCAGCGCACGGAAACGCCGUUUACCUUCCCACUGAAGCGGUACCUAUUUAUCUACUUGCACUUUGUCGUGCUUUCGAACUGCUAGGUUGGCAGGAGCAGGGACCGAGCAAGGGGAGCUCACCCCAUUGCGGGGAUUCAAACCGCCCACCUUCUGAUCGGCAAGUCCUAGGCUCUGUAGUUUAACCCACAGUGCCACCCGCGCCCCUUCUCCUGCAACACCUAGAGGGCCACAAAUCUAGAUGUAUGUUUUAGUUGAAAUUCCUGCAUUGGAUUGGACUAAAUGACCCUCGGGGUCCCUCUCUACUCUCCAAUUCUAAGACUCUACAAAAUUCUCCACCUUUGCUCCAAGCAGUUAACUACCAUUAUGGAAAAAGGGCUGAAUGUUUAUUUAAAUUGUGUUUAUGUAUAUUAUUGGGUUCACCCUUUAUCAUCUCCACUUACAAAGGACCCAUUCAGAAAUCCUAAAGCUCUGAAGUGUUUGCAUGUUAAGCUUUCACGCUAAACAUGUUUUCCCUUCCUUUGUCCCAGCUACAAGCCCUCCCAAAGUGGUUACAUUUGAUGAAAUGAUGGCAGCAGCAAGAAACUUGUCAAACUUGACUCUGGCUCACGAAAUUGCUGUAAACGAAAGCUUUCAUUUGGAGCGCACUGAACAUCCACCCAACAGGUAAGCAAGAGGGGUUUAGUAAUUUCACAGAAGGGACUUUAGGGCCCCAACCAAGUUUUUUUUACCAUUUAGGGUUGGACAGGUAUGAGAUGUUUCAGUCUGGCCAACACAACAGGUAGAUUUUAAUAAGGGCAAAAUGCAGUAAAACAAUAAAUUCAGUUUUAAAGCAAGAAAAGACACUAGGGGCUCUUAAACAUAAAAUGUCUGAAUCACUGCUGCUUGGCACCUAAAAAAAUUUAAAUCCACCAAGUGACUCCAGACAUUCUGAUUUUCCUAUGGGAAUGGAAACAGGAUUCAGGGAGAGGUUUAUAUCCACGUUUAAUUAAGAAGAAAACCUAAAUAUGAUAAGAAACUUUCCAGUAUUGCAUAUCCGAUUCUUUCUCUUUGGUAGAUACAGGAACAAUUUUUUCCUAGUUUUCUGUUCUAGCUGCAGUUGUUCUGGUGGGACCACUCCCACAACUUCCUAUAAUCUGGCACAACCCUCCUUGGCAUCAACCCAAAUGCCUCUCCCAUAGGGAUGUGAGGAGGCAUCAGUUUUCAUUCCAGCCUGUGCUUGUCACCUGCAGCGCUGUUUCCAUCCUGCUGCAGCUCAGUUGCUAACAAAAAACACUUAUUUGUCUCUGUAUCUGCUGUGGUGGAAUUUCAUGUAAUUACAUUAUUUAAAAAUUGAUUGCUUAUUGCUGUUGUUUUGACUCUCAUGGUUGUAUCAACCACAGAAAAAACAAAACACCUAUAUAGACUGAUACAAUGUGUGUUUUAUUCAGCACCAUUCAUUUCAGUGCAAAUGUUAACUCUGUUAACUAUUUACAUUAUUUUCCUGCCUGCCACAGCUUGACUAGAAGGGUGAAGCAAAUUGUGCACCAAGCAUUCUGGGAUCGUUUGGAGGAAGACUUGAAUGAAGAUCCUCCCGAAUAUGAACAUGCCAUCAAGCUGUUUGAAGAAAUUAAAGAGGUGAGUUAACCUUGGGUUUCUUUUUUUCUCUUUUUCUUUUGUCAGCUUAGGUCCAGUUAUAUAAUUUUAUCAGUACAGCAACACUUCUGCUCUAAUCCUAAGACCUGCAUUACCGCGGUGAGCCAGUUUAACUACAGCUGCUGCACCUUACUUGAUUCGUGUGUGUGUGUGUGUGUUUAAAUAUUUCAGAUUCUUCUUUCUUUCCUGAACCCUGGGGCUAACAGGAUGCGAAGCCAAAUCUGUGAAGUUCUCGAUGCCGACCUCAUAAGGCAGCAGGCCAAGCACAAUGCGGUUGACAUCCAGGGUCUCGCAAACUAUGUCAUUAGCACCAUGGGGAAGCUGUGUGCUCCAAUAAGGGAUCAUGAUGUCAACCAGUUAAAAGCUACUGGGAACAUUGUCGUAUUGUUCAGGUUGGUGUGCGGUUUUCCUUUUUCGCUUUGUUCUUUAUCAUUAUUCUUUUAGCAUUGUUCAAAGAAUUGGCGAAAAACUUGGAUUUUUCAAAUAUAGUGAUCUGGAGUGGGAUCCAGAGUUUCCCAAACUUGGGUCUCCAGCUGUUUUUGGACUACAUUUCCCAUCAUCACUGACCACUGGUCCUGCGAGCUAGGGAUGCUGGGAGUUGUAGUCCAAAAACAGCGGGAAACCCAAAUUAAGGGCUGCCAAGAGGGUGCACCUUGGCCAGCAACCUUGUUGCAUUUUAUUUUCCUUCAUGCUGCUUGUUUGUAUUGAUUCUAACAUUUGUAGUUUUACUACUCAAACAUGCUGCUCCCUCUAGUAGUGCUUUCCAUGAAGAAAUCAUUUCAGAGGGCUUGCCAAUGUGGCACCCAUGGAUGUCUUCCUCUGAUGCUCACAAAGCCUCCGAGUGCCCCACUUGCUACCCAUGUGGUCAUGAGGUGGUGAGAGUGGUUGCCUUUUUCUCCUUUGAAAAGUAGAGCAGAAGGAGGAUGUUGCAAGAGUGAUCCUUGUUCCUCCCUUCAGCUCUCCGUGCUUUUCAAGAUCAAAAUUAAUUCUACUAGAUCCAGCUUCUACGUAUAUUCCUUGUGUGGGGCACACAAAAAUACAUCUGGGCCAAAGGGGUUUUGCAGGCACCUGCCAAGCCCUGCCCAUAGUGCUUUGCAAGCACUGAUCACCUGCUGUACCUCAAAGUGGGUCUGAGUUUGUAUUAAGAUGUUUGCUAUCUUCCUAUGUCUGCUGAAGCCAUUGUAACAUGGUAAAUCAAGCAGUGAUGUGAAGGGGAGUACUUGGAUCAUUUUAGUGGGAUUUUGCUGGCUUAACUGCAAAUACACUAUUUUAAGUAGGUUGUAAACCAGAAUAUUUUAAUUGCAUUGCUUGUGAGCAUUUAGUAGAAGCUGUGCAUUAUAUUAACACAGAGAUACUACAAAUGCACAGAGUAAGUUCAUGAAUUGCCAUGGCGGUGUCUAAUAGUAGUUUGACUGUGUUGCAAUUUAUCUGUGAUGCUUGAGCAGUGGGGCGGUUGCCCUUUGCAAACUGGACUACUGGGGAAUUAAGAUAAGCCUGUGUCUCUGCAUAUGCUGCGUGGCGGGGAAAGGACAACGUAAUCAACUUUCCUAUGAUGACAUGGCUGCAAACUAUUUUUGUUUGUUGUAUUCUUACAGGCAAAUAUUCCACGUUCUGGAUCUCAUGACAAUGGAUAUGGCUAAUUUUACUAUUCGGAGCCUUCGACCUCAUCUUCAGCGUAACUUGGUGGAUUAUGAAAGAGCAAAAUUCCAAGAUAUACUUGAAGAAACGCCAAGUAUGUCCUUUGUUUACAUAGGCGGGUAUAUAGCCAAUGGCCUGGUGAUGCAGGCAGCUGCCUGGGGCCUCUAGUUAAGAAGAGGUCCAAGGGGAGAUUUACAUUUUCCUUCCUCCUCAAUGAACUGAAAGCUCCAGCAGGAAGAAAUUUGAUCUUUUAAGCCACCUUCUAAAACCUGUUCGUGGUGCUAUACCAGAGAAGCAACCUUUAAACAAUGCUUUUGGUCAGGAGUGUUAGCCAAGUCUCCUUAUUCAGUAUAUGAGAGACCUGCAAGCUAUAUAGUAUUUGUGCAAAUCCUUGGACUCCAACCUACUGACACAACUGAUGACAGGAAUUAAUAAUAGUACUAGUAAUAGUAAUAAUAAUAAUUUUAUUAUUUAUACCCUGCCCAUCUGGCUGGGUUUUCCCAGCCACUCUGGGCAGCUUCCAACAAAAUAUUAAAAUACAAUAAUCUUUUAAACAUUAAAAGCUUCCCAAGGGCUGCUUUCAGAUGUCUUCUAAAAGUCUGGUAGUUGUUUUUCUCUUUGACAUCUGGUGGGAGGGCAUUCCACAGGGUGGGUGCCACUACUGAGAAGGCCCUGUGCCUGGUUCCCUGUAACUUGGCCGCUUGCAGUGAGGGAACCACCAGAAGGCCCUCGGCACUGGACCUCAGUGUCCAGGUAGAACGAUGGGGGUGGAGACGCUCCUUCAGGUAUACUGGGCCGAGGCUGUUUAGGGCUUUAAAGGUCAGCACCAGCACUUUGAACUGUGCUCAGAAAUGUUAUAUUCAGGCAGUGUUUUCAUCAGGGGACACUGUGAGUGCUGCACUGCUUUGUCAGGGAUGGGGGGAGCAGAGAAGUUGGGGGGGUGUUGCUUCGUUUCUGGUUGAGAGCUAAAGCACAUUCAAGGAACAUGUCGUGUGGAGACUCAAAUAUAGUUAGGGGAAAGUCAUGAAAAAAGAAUAAACUGCCAUGUGAAUGCAAUUGCACUUCCAGGAGAAGGCCCUACCUUCCUCCGGUACAGUCUGUUGUGAUGCUAUAUGUCUUGUUGCGCAGGCAGAACUUGUGCUGACAGUGGCUACGGCACAAGACAGGCAGCUUUCUUCAGUGAGCGCUACCUCCAUUGCAAUACACACAGCGGCAUUAUAAUACAAUGCAGGCAGAAUUGCAACUGGUCUGCUAUGAUGUGAUCUCCAUCAAAGAGCACUGUAGCUGUUCUGUGCCUUUCUGCAGUUCUCUACUUCUACCUCCUUUUUGCGAGCAGGGCCUUGGGGUUUGCCUUCCUCCACAGAGUGUGCCUCCCCCAGGUGUGCAAUAAUAAAACAGUUUCUGUUUCUGUCUUGUAAUGUUUAGGUGCCCUGGACUUGACCACAGAAUGGAUAAGGGAAUCUAUACAAGAUGAAUUGUCUUCUCUUUCCUGUGAAACAUCUUCGUGUGCUGGUGCUAAUGGGAUGUCCAAAACAAAUCUGAGUCCUACUUCGGUGCUAACAAACAGCUACUUGAAACUCUUGCAGUGGGAUUACCAGAAAAAGCCUGUUCCUGAGGUAACAUGUGACUCUUGCUCACUAAGACAGGGAUAGGAAAUCUGUGGGCCCUGCAGGUGUUGGGGGACUACAACUCCCAUCAUCCCUGACCAUUGGCCAUGUUUGUCAGGGCUGAUGGGAGUCCAACAACAUCUGAAGGGCACAGGAUCCCCAGCCCUGAUGUAAGAGCUUCCUCCUCACCCACCAUGACCAGUCCCAGAGCAUAGUUUCCUAUCUCCAUGUGAAGAAAGUAGCCUUGCAGCAAGUUUGUGGGAAGGAAGGAAGGCUAAGUAGCCAAAGCAACUCUUAUGUGCUGGAAUGUGCACAUUGAAAAAUGAAGAUGCAAAAUAAACUAUUAAAAAGGCCAAAAUGCACACAAGAAAAGUGGGAAGUUGUCACAUGGAUGGUUACAAUUCAGUGUGCUUUCAACAAUCAUUCCAUCUGACAAAGGGCACAUUCACGCAAUGCAUUUAGAGCACCAUGAUGGCACUUCAAACAGUUAUGCAUCCCUCAAAGAAUUCUGGGAGCUGCAGGUUGUUAAGGUUGCUGAGAGUUGUUAGGAGAUCCCUAUCCCCCUUCCCAGAGCUACAAUUCCCAAAGAGGUUUAACAACCUGCCCCUCUUCCCAGGGAACUAUGGGAAUUGUAGCUCUGGGAAGGGGAAUAGGGAUCUCCUAACAAUUCUCAGAACCUGUAAAAAUUUCAGAUCCCAGGUUUAUUUGGAGAAUGUCAUGACUGAUUUUAAAGUGGGAUAACUUAAAUGUAUGGUGUGAAUGCGGUCUAAAUGAACUCCUUUGACAAUAAAUUGAACUCCUGGUAAAAUACAUAUCUUUGAUAUUCAGUCUCAUUGGAGAUUUGACUGUUUUGUUGACACUCUUUUCUAAACAUCUUAUUCCAGACAUUAAUGACAGAUGAAGGUCGUCUUCAGGAGUUAACAGAGAAACUGAAUCAGUUGAAGGUUAUAGCGUGUGUGUCUCUCAUAACAAGCAACAUGUUGGCUGCAGUUAUUGAGGGCAUUCCCGAUUUUGUAGACAAACAAAAGCGGAUUUCAUUUGUGCUACUUGAAGGAAUGAAUAAGAAGUAAGUAUUUAGACUUGAGUGUUGGAACUUACUGAAAACCUAUAUGAAAAGUAAAUAUGGGGUCAGGAAUCAAAGGCAGUAUCUGAUAGAAUUAACAUGGUUUUCUCCUCACCCCCCUUUUUUGCAGGAGUUUUGAUCUGAAAGAAGCUCUUAAUGCAAUAGGUAUUCGUACGUGUAGUGAAAUAAAUGAGUCGGUGACUGAGAGAGGCUUCCCACCACUAAAUAAGGAAGUGCAAACAAAUUUAGUAGGGCAGCUCUGCAACAUCGUUGAAGAAGACAAUCCUAUCAACUCCUUAAUUGGUUAGUAACUUAACUCUCUGGCUACAGGCAUCUUAAUGUUUUAAGUGUAUAUGUCAUUGUCGUGAUUUCAAAUAAAAUUGUGAUUGCCAGUCACUAUUAUCAAAUACUGUGGCAUGAAAAAGGCUGCCCUCAUUGACCUGGUUCUCAUGUAAUACUAAGCCAUGGCUUAGUGCAAAUGCUCAGGUUCCUAGAGAGAUAGUGGCUGCUUUGUUUCUCCUCUGGUCUUGCUGCUACUGCAGUGCUGUGAGCUAAACCAUGGUUAGACUUAGUGUAUCAUCCAAAUCAGGACGCAUGGUUUGUCUUGACAAGCCAGGAGCUGUAGCCAAAACGUUUGUUCUAUGUCUUAUGCCUUGUGGGUUUAUCUGGCUUCGGAUGACACGCUAAGCCAAACCAGGGCUUAGCUUGCAGUGGCAGGACUGAAGCAGGAACACACUGGCUAUGAUAUCCCGUCUAGGCUUAGGGCAUUACAUGUGAACUUAGCCACUGUGUGCAGUUCAAACUUAGUUUAUAGUUCUUUGUAUAACAGAUAACUUCAAAUAGAUUGAAGUCUGGAAUCAGUGUAUGUAAGCCCCCAUCUCUGCAAUUGGGGAGGACAACAGACUUUGUACCUUUCUCUACACACAUUUGUUUAUGUGUGAACAGAACUUCCACACGCUGAGCUGUGUGUGCAGAGGGAUCUGUCUAUGUGUUUGGUUGAAGGGUUUCUGACUGUAGAUCAGGGGUAACUAAAUCUGUGUGGUGGGGUUUGCUACUAUUACUCUUUGGCCUUGCCUGGUCACCUUACCAGUUCUACAGAGGAAAAAGGCAGGGGUUAUAUAAUAACUACAGGAGGUUAAUCUCCCUAACUACUCCUUGGCUGAUCUAGGCAACUGCACCCUGAACAUUCUUGUUCUCCCUGUCCUCUAAAAAAAAAACCCCACCAUACCUAAAUGCCACCCCCUCCUGACUGGGGCAGAAGCGCAAGGAGUAUGUUCAAAAGAGCAGAGGAAACAGCUUGCUGUAAUAAGGACUGGCUUCCUGAUUUCUGUCUCUGCCCCUUGAAGGCCUUGUUGGAAACAUGUGAACCCACGCUUCAGUGCAGAUUUAAAUUUAUCUUCACAGGAAAUGCAGAAACCUUCCAAAGGCUACUGUACUGUAGCAAAACAAGUUGCAAUCCCAACUUUAAAAUGGUUGAUGAGAUGUCCACAGCACUAUAUGUGGGUGUCUUGAGAUAGUGACACCUAUGUAUGUAGACCUCCUCAGCAACUUGAUCAUACGGGGUUUCAAUUCCUGGGAAGUCUGUCCACAUAGAUGGACAUAAGCUUCACUUGCUCAGCUGUCCACUCUUAGCACAUGGGUUUGGGGGUGGAGCCUGUGUUGAGGUUGUGCUGCUUCUUUCUAUGUAUGCAUGGAUGCUUUUCGUGCAGUUAAAACAUGAAGGGGCCUACUUCAUUCAUAUUUAGAACAUUAUGCUGUCUGUCUUGAAUGAUACAAGCCAAAGUUCAGUUGCAUUCAGGUUCAGGACAGGAUGCUGGGCUAGAUUCACUACUGGCCGAUUCUUACUUUCUUAAAUUCUAAUUAUGUGAUGUGUUUCUCCCCCUCUCUAGAUAAACGGAUUCAUUUGUACAUGAGAAGCUUGCUUGCUUCUCCAGGUUUUCAAAAGUCUACGCCCACAAUUCCAGGAGGCCUUGCUGUGAUUCAGACUGAGAUAGAGACCAUUGGAUCACAGUAUGCCAACAUUGUUAACCUGAAUAAACAGGUGUAUGGACCAUUCUAUGCAAGUAUUUUCCGAAAACUGCUCUUCAGUGAAGCAAGCAAAGCAGAGCCUGAACCUUCUACUAACUGA